UUUCAUCUCAUCUCGCAUCUCGUCCCGCAGCUGUUCUGUGGAGAGACUGACGCUCCAGAGCGGACUGUGAGCGCGUCUGCGUGUGUGAGCAUGUCACAGAGGAGCUGCUGCCUCACUCUAUAAUCUCACAGUUAUUUCCACGACUGUGUCUUUGUUUCCUGACCCACUGUUUUCCAAGCUUUUUCUCUCCGUCAUCACCUGGACAUCUCAUCUGUCUCUGUGUCAAGAAGAGGAAUGUUUCAAGUUCACCAGCCGUAGCCAGUGUGCAGCGAGAUGGGCUCAGAGGAGCGAAGUUCAGCCAUGUCACAGAAGAUUUCCUCUUUGUCCCGCAGCAACAGCAGCUCCUCCUCCAAACUUGACAGUCGACAGGACAGCUGGGAAAUAGUGGAGGGCCUGCGUGGAGGCUUCGGCAACAUCCUUGAGCCUCAGAAACAGGAGGGCUAUCUGCUCAAAAGGAGAAAGUGGCCCAUGAAGGGCUGGCAUAAGAGAUACUUUUUUCUGGACAAGGGCAUCUUGAAGUACGGCAAGUGCAGCGCAGAUAUUGAGAAGGGGAAACUACAUGGCUGCAUUGACGUGGGUCUCUCUGUCAUGGCCAUUAAGAAGAAAGCCAAGUGCAUCGAUCUCGACGCCGAGGAAAACAUCUAUCACCUGAAGAUUAAGUCACAGGAGCUUUUUGAUGAAUGGGUUUCCAAGCUGCGUCACCAUCGGCUCUACCGGCAGAAUGAAAUUGCCAUGUACCCUAAUGACAAGUCCUUCUACUAUCCCCACUACCCCUCCCCCAACUCACCCAACUCGCCCAGCAUGGCUAAAAAUGCCUCGAUCAGAAAGUGCGUGUCUAUACGAAGACAGUCCUCAGCUCAUUCUGUAGGAGUCUUCCCUCUCAGCUGCAACAGCCAGGCCAAAGUUACAGCCUGGCUCCAGUCAUCUGACGACAUGGACAAAUGCUCCAAAGACCUGUCCAUCUGUGAUGCCUUCCUGCAGGAGCUCAACCAUUUGCUUCAAAGUAUGGAAGUCCUCCAUCGUACAUAUUCUGCUCCAUCUAUCCAAACCCUGCAGACAUCUACAUUUGACAGCCCCAAGAAGGAGAAGAGAAUUCCUAGGAAAUGGCGCACUAAAAACUACAACAAAGAUGCCAAAACAACGCUGCAGGUGCCCAGCUGCAUCUCCUCUGGCUCUAUUCGCCUCCACGCCUCUAACCCCAACCUCUCCACCGCUGCACUCGCUAAUGACAAGACUGACCACGAAUCACUGGAUUCUGCUUUUGAUGUGGCCAAACUGCAGGAGGACUUCUGUCGCAUUGCCAACAACUUACACACAACCAUGAAAUCAGCCCUCGGCGCACUAACAACUGAGAGAGAGCGAUUGAAGCAGUGCCUGGACCACGAGACGUGUCCCCCGACUUCGCCGCAGGUUGUCGGUUUGAGGAACGCGCUGGCAACAGCUUUAGCCCAGAACUCUGAGCUGAGAGAGCGCCUGUGCAAGAUUCAUGCUGAGUCCCACAUCGUAGAGCCCACACUAAUAAAUCUCACUGCCCCUGCGCAGAAACAGGACUCGGUGGAAGAUUCUCCUCCCCUCGUACACCAGGUGUCCAAUGAGAGCAGAGCUUCAAUUGCAGAGUCUUUGUCCGAGUUUUUUGACGCACAGGAAGUCCUGUUGUCGGCCAGUUCCUCUGAAAAUGAGGUGUCAGAGGAUGACUCAAACAUAAGUGACAUUAGUGACAACAUUUCCAUGGACAACUUCAGCAAUGGGACAGAAAUUGAGAGAUCACACUCAGGGUCUGUAGAAGAAGGUGGCGUCCUCUGUCAGCGCAGAACCUGUUUACCCUCCCCCAGUCCCAACAACAGCAGCAUCAGCCUGUGGAACAUCCUCAGGAACAACAUUGGCAAAGACCUGUCCAAAGUGGCCAUGCCUGUGCAACUUAAUGAGCCUCUCAACACUCUGCAGAGACUGUGUGAGGAGCUGGAGUACAGCGAGCUGCUAGACAGAGCUGCCAACACACAAGACCCUUUUGAGCGUAUGGUGUAUAUAGCUACAUUUGUCGUAUCAGGAUAUGCAUCCACGCACUACAGAACUGGUGGAAAGCCAUUUAACCCCAUUCUGGGAGAGACUUAUGAAUGCGACCGGCCUGAUAAAGGCUUUCAAUUUGUUGCAGAGCAAGUCAGCCAUCAUCCGCCCAUCUCAGCUUGCCAUGCAGAGUCUAAAAAUUUUGUCUUCUGGCAAGAUGUGAGGUGUAAGAACAAGUUCUGGGGCAAGUCGAUGGAGAUUGUUCCUGUGGGUACGACUCAUGUAACCCUGCCUGAAUUUGGAGACCACUAUGAGUGGAACAAGGUGACGUCCUGUAUCCAUAAUAUUCUCAGUGGGCAGCGCUGGAUCGAGCACUAUGGGGAAGUCACCAUCCGAAACUCCAACAGUGAUGUCUGCCAGUGCAAGAUUACUUUUGUGAAGGCAAAAUACUGGAAUUCCAGUGUGAAUGAGGUGGAGGGAACCAUCACAGACCAGAAAGGGAAGGUCAUCAACAGACUCUUUGGGAAGUGGAAUGAGGCAGUUUUCUGUGGGGAUCCGCCUUCAGCCACAUGCGUCUGGAGAGCAAAUUCAAUGCCAGUUGACCAUGAACAAUAUUAUGGUUUUACCAAGUUUGCGAUGGAACUGAAUGAGUGUGAUGCAUCUCUGCAACUGCUGCUGCCACCCACAGACACCAGGCUACGCGUAGACCAAAGAUUGCUGGAGGAAGGAAACUUGGAGGCUGCAGAGGAGGAGAAACACAGGAUUGAACAGCUGCAGAGAGAAAGACGGCGAGUCCUCGAGGAGAACAACUCAACACACGAGCCUCGUUUCUUCAGAUGGUCAAAGGAUGACACCUGGGUGAGCAACAACACGUACUGGGAGAUGAGGAAAGAACCCGGCUUCACCCACAUAGAUUUUCCUAAGCUGUGGUGACCAUGGGAAUGCAGUUGACAUACAUUUCAACCUGCUCAGCCUCUACUGUGACCCAGACUGGUGCUGAUGAUGCCAGUCUUGCCAUCCACAUCCAGUGCUGUCUUCUUUAUUGCGGUUCAUGAAAGUCAUUGCCUUAAUCGAAGUGCUUAAAAGUGCAACUUGUUUAUGCAAGUAUAUUAUGAGAAGGUUUAUCAUUUUAAACUGGUUCUAUCCUGGACAACUAAAACUGAGAAAAUUAAAACAAUUCGUUAUAAACCGUGAUAAAUGCAUUUCAUAUCAUUUCACGAAUGGUCACUUUAGUUUGUGUCCCCUCAUGGACAUUCUCUACCUCUUAGAUUAACUCGCUUUGAUAUGCCAGUAAUUACGUUUGUAUACGCAUCUAAUAUUUAUUCUGCAGUUGCCUGAUGCCUUACUGGUUGUACUCAUAUUGUUGUACUUAAUUUGUUUUGUUGCUUCUGUUUUUUUGUAUGUUUUGUAAGGAGUUGUAAACAGUUGUUCACAUGAUCGGUCAUCCUCACUGUUUCUCUCUGUCUCAUAAACAUAAUCACUGCUUUUCUGCUGUGUUUGACUGUGAUGUAGAUGAUUGUGCAGCUACAGUAUGAGCAGCAGUAGCAAACAUCAAAUCCAGCUAUUAUGCAUUGCACCAUUAUCCGAAUGGACUGCGUGGAGGGAUUUUGUGGCCAAACAGGUUGGAAACUUUGCUUGACGAUGCAUUAAAUAAAAUCUGUGAUGCUUUCUCUCUGCGGA